AUGGCAAACUAUCACAGGUUUGUGCACAUUUUGGGAUUGUUUGUCCUUGCUCUGUCCUUGAUGAUCGGCGAGAAUUCUGUUGAAGCUCGCCAACUUUUGGAGUUAGCGUUGCCUGAAGUGCCUGAAUUACCUCACAUUCCCGACAUUCCGAGCCUACCCAAGCCAGAAUUGCCAUCUUUGCCAAAAGUUGAAUUGCCAUCGGUUCCCGAACUUCCAAAGCCAGAAUUACCAACAAUACCGAAGCCAGAAUUACCAGAAGUGCCUGAACUGCCCAAACCCGAAAUGCCUCAUCUUCCCGACAUUGUGAGCCUGCCCAAGCCAGAAUUGCCUGAAGUGCCUGAAUUACCUAAGCCUGAAUUGCCUCACCUUCCCGACAUUCCGAGCCUACCCAAGCCAGAAUUGCCAUCUUUGCCAAAAGUUGAAUUGCCGUCGGUUCCUGAACUUCCAAAGCCUGAAUUACCAACAAUACCAAAGCCAGAAUUACCAGAAGUGCCUGAACUGCCCAAACCCGAAUUGCCUCAUCUUCCCGACAUUGUGAGCUUGCCCAAGCCAGAAUUGCCUGAAGUGCCUGAAGUGCCUGAAUUACCUAAGCCCGAAUUGCCUCACCUUCCCAACAUUCCGAGCCUACCCAAGCCAGAAUUGCCAUCUUUGCCAAAAGUUGAAUUGCCGUCGGUUCCUGAACUUCCAAAGCCUGAAUUACCAACAAUACCGAAGCCAUAAUUACCGAAGUGCC